AUGCAGUUGUUCCGAGUCGCGAGGAUUUUCGCAUCAAAAAGCCUUGACGGCAUUGUAAUUGGCAGCGAAAAUCCACAUUUUGUGAUCCUAGUGAAGCCCCAAGUGGCGAAACCCAGUUCAUCUCUGGUGAUGAACAACAGAACUGAACUGACCCAAUUCCGACGAGCUCCUAGUGUCAAUGAAACCAAACUCAGUUCCGGCGAGUCCCAAGUAGCAAAUCCCAGUUCAUAUCGGCUUCUAGUCAGAGUAAUUAGUGAUGAUGGCGUCAGGGCUCUAUUUUGGGUCUUGGGUUCUCUGUGGUGGAAGCUAUGUUGUGACAAGAAUGAAGGUGAAGGCUUGGUGGUAGUUGUGGGUGGUGUCAAUUUGUUUUUUGAAAGUUGUUACCUCAGAAGAGCUUUCCGUGUAACCUGUAAGGACUCCAACAAUCUAUUUCUAGGAAACACCACCAUACCUGUUAUUAACAUAUCAGAACUCAAUGGCGAGUUGCGAAUCUCCAGUCAGGUAGCCGUGGUAUGUUAUAACCAAUCGGGUGGAUUGAUUCGCCGCGUUCGACCAUGGGUGAGAGUUCCCAUAUUCCCCCUCUCACACGCCAAAAACAAGUUCACAGUCAUAGGUUGUGACUCCUACGCCUAUGUGAGAGGUUCUCUGGGAGUUAAGUACUCCACCGGGUGCAUGUCCCUGUGUGAUGCUAUUGAUGAUGUGGUCAGUGGUUCAUGCUCUGGCAUCGGUUGUUGCCAAACAACAAUCCCAGAAGGAGUCACGGAUUUUAAUUUGAGCGCCAGAAGUUUCAAUAACCAUACAGAUAUUGUGGACUUCAAUCCCUGCAGCUUCGCUUUUGUUGUCGAAAAUGGCUUGUAUAACUUUUCCAGGGUACAUCUUUCCAAUUUAAGCAACAUUGAGAGGAUGCCAAUGGUGCUUGAUUGGGCCAUUCCCAAUCAAACUUGUGCGGAAGCCAAAAGGAAUAUAAGCAACUACUUAUGUGGGGAAAAUAGCAUCUGCAAUGACACAAAUAUUAAUGGUAAAGGGUAUCGCUGCCAUUGUUCUCAAGGUUACCAGGGGAACCCCUACCUUCCAAAUGGUUGCCAAGAUAUCAACGAGUGCUCAAUUCCUGGACUCAAUCCGUGCACGGAUGUUUGUCAAAACAAAGAGGGGACUUUUACUUGUACUUGCCCAAGAGGGUAUCACGGGGAUGGCAGAAAAGAUGGCCAAGGUUGCAUUUCAAAUAAAUUAUGGCUAAAGCUCUCUGCAGGUUUUGGGGUAACCAUUGUGGUGUUAGUUGUGGGAGGUUCUUUGUCAUGUUGGUGGAUCAAGAGAAGGAGAAACUUCAUUAAGUAUAAAAAAAGAUUUUUUCAGCAAAAUGGUGGUUUAAUGAUAAAACAACAGCUCUCAGCGCUGGACAGUUCAGUUGAGAAAGCUAAAAUCUUUAGCAUAGAAGAGCUCAAGAACGCAACCAAUGACUUCCAUGAAAGUUCGAUCAUAGGUCGAGGAGGGUUUGGUACAGUUUACAGAGCAGUUCUACCCCAAAACAAAAUAGUUGCUAUCAAGAAGUCUACAAAAGUUGAUCAAAGUCAAAUUGAGCAAUUUGUUAAUGAGGUGGUUGUGCUGUCCCAAAUCAACCAUAGAAAUGUGGUUAAACUGUUGGGCUGUUGUUUAGAGGAUGAAGUCCCCUUACUUGUUUAUGAAUUUAUCACAAAUGGGACUUUAUACCACCAUCUCCAUGAAGUACCCCAAGGAUCCUCCAUUCCAUGGGAAAUUCGUCUAAGGAUAGCCAAAGAAACCGCAAGUGCGCUUUCUUAUUUGCACUCAGCUGCUUCCACACCUAUCAUUCAUAGAGACGUUAAGUCUACUAACAUACUCUUAGAUGAUAACUUUACCACAAAAGUCUCUGACUUUGGAGCUUCAAGGUUAGUUCUAUUAGAUAAAACACAAUUGACAACAAUGGUUCAAGGAACAUUUGGAUAUUUAGAUCCUGAAUAUUUUCAUACAGGUCAUUUGUCAGAAAAAAGUGAUGUCUAUAGCUUUGGAGUAGUACUUGUGGAGUUACUUACAGGGAAAAUGCCGCUUUCUUUUGAUCGGCCAGAGAAUGACAGAAAUUUAGCCACAUUUUUCAUCUCUUCAAUGAAAGAGAAUCGCUUAUCCUUUAUUUUAGACAAUCGUAUUGUGAAUGAGGGUAAUGUAGAUCAGGUACGUGAAGUUGCUAAUCUUGCACAGAAUUGCUUACGAUUGAAGGGGGAGGAACGACCAACAAUGACUGAAGUGGCAAUGGAGCUUGAGGGGCUAAUGCGAGUGAACAAACACCUUUGGACCAGUGUUGAAGUAAAUCAAGAGGAGACCGAGUACCUGCUUGGUGAACCGUUGGAUUUCAGCUGCACUAGCACUACAGCUGCCAAGCAGGGUUGCCAAGACAGCUGUGGCAACGUUAGUAUCCCAUAUCCAUUCGGCACAGAGCCAGGCUGUUACUAUAGUCAUGAAUUUCUCAUAACUUGUAACAACAUUUCCAAUCCUCCCAAGCCUUUCCUAACAAAUAGUAGUAUUGAUGUCACCAACAUUUCACUCCAUGGUCAGCUGCAAAUCUUGCAAUAUAUAGCCUAUGACUGCUACACGCAGUCGGGUAGACAGAUCUCACAUAACGUACCCUGGCUCAGUUUGUCCAAAUUCAGUAUUUCCAGUACCAAAAACAAGUUCAUAGCAAUUGGUUGCGACACUUACGCGACCAUUCAAGCUUACCAAGGUGAGAGGAAAUAUGCGAGUGGGUGCAUGUCCAUUUGUGACAGCUUGGACUAUGUUACCAACUGGUCUUGUUCUGGAAUUGGUUGUUGUCAAACAUUGAUUCCAAAAGGAGUAAGAUAUUAUGAAGUGACAUUGGAUAGCUUUUCCAAUCAUACAAGUGUGUGGAAUUUCAGCCCCUGUAGUUAUGCCUUUGUUGUUGAAGAGGAUAAGUUCAACUUCUCCUCGGACUAUCUUAGUGAUUUAAAGAAUGUAGAAAAGCUUCUAGUGGUUCUCGAUUGGUCAAUCGGAAAUGAGACGUGUGAAGUUGCUAGAAACUCCUCUGGAUACGCAUGUAAAGAUAAUAGCAACUGUUAUGAAGUUGAUUAUGGUUCUGGGUACCGUUGCAAUUGCUCGGAGGGUUACUAUGGAAACCCAUACCUUCCUAAUGGUUGCCAAGAUAUCAAUGAAUGUCAUGAUCAAACACUCAAUGAUUGUGAAAAAAUUUGUGACAAUACAGCCGGGAAUUACACGUGUUCUUGUCCCAAGGGGUAUCAUGGAGAUGGCAGAAAAAAUGGAACUGGCUGCACUGCUGAUCAACUACUGGUAAUUAAGAUUGUUCUGGGUAUCUCAAUAAGUGUUGCUGUUCUACUUGUGGGUUUCACUUGGUUGUACUUGGGACUCAAGAAAAGAAAGCUCAUUAGGCUCAAAGAGAAGUUCUUUCAGCAAAAUGGUGGUUUAAUGUUGCAACAGCAACUCUCUAGACGGGAAGGAUCCACCGAAACAGCAACAAUUUUCACAGCCGAAGAGCUUAAAAAGGCCACUGACAACUACAGUGAUGACAGGAUUGUAGGACGAGGAGGUUAUGGUACAGUUUUCAAAGGAACUUUAACAGAUAACAGAGUAGUAGCCAUCAAAAAGUCCAAAUUAGUAGAUCAAACCCAAAUAGAACAAUUCAUCAAUGAGGUGAUUGUACUCUCCCAAAUCAAUCACAGAAAUGUGGUCAAGCUUUUGGGUUGUUGUUUAGAAACAGAAGUCCCUUUAUUAGUUUAUGAGUUCAUCACAAACGGAACUCUCCAUGACCACAUACAUAAUGAAAGGAAGACGUCUUCACUUUCCUGCCAAACUCGUCUAAGGAUAGCAGCUGAAACUGCCGGAGUGCUGUCUUAUUUGCAUUCUGCGGCUUCGAUUCCUAUCAUCCAUAGAGAUGUCAAGCCUACAAACAUACUCUUAGAUGACAAUUACACUGCAAAAGUGUCUGAUUUUGGAGCAUCAAGGUUAGUUCCCCUUGAUCAAAUGCAGUUAUCCACAUUGGUGCAAGGAACUCUUGGAUACUUGGACCCUGAGUAUUUGCAAACAAGUCAAUUGACUGAGAAAAGCGAUGUUUAUAGCUUUGGGGUUGUCCUUGUGGAAUUGCUAACAGGAAGGAAGGCAGUCUCAUUUGAUAGGCCAGAGGAGGAGAGAAAUCUAGCUAUUUAUUUUCUUUUUGCGUUGAAAGAAGAUCGUUUGUUUGAAGUUCUUGACCACAGUAUUGUUUAUGAAGGAAAUACUGAGCAGCUCAAAGAGGUUGCUGUUCUUGCAAAGAGGUGUUUACGAGUAAAUGGGGAGGAAAGACCUAGUAUGAAAGAAGUAGCAAUGGAACUGGAGGGACUAAGAAAGAUGGAGAAACAUCCAUGGGUUAAUGAUGAAUUAAAUUAUGAAGAAACUGAGUACCUGCUAGGUGACACGUCGGACUCUUAUGGAUUUGGAGUUGCGCAUAAGACAAUAGGUGAGUAUGAUAGCACGAGAGGGCAUAUUGUUCUGCCAUUAGAUGGUGGGAGGUGA